CCGGAUUCGUUCCAAUUUCUUUCCUCAAAUUCAGAGAAUGAGAAAAGAGUGGGCAACUGGUAGUGGCGUUUGCGAUAUUAACUCAAAAACCCAAGGGCAUAAUAAUUUGUAUGUAAGUGAAAGACUGGAGAGAAGCCGUCCCCGGUCUCCUUUCCCAAUCUAGUAUCGUUGUGAGGUCGUCGUCCGCUCCUCAUUCCUCAGAGGGAGAACUGGAGAAGACAUUCAGUCCCCAGCUUUAAAGUAAAGUUUAAACACCCCUCUCCCUCUCUGUCUCUCUCUCUCUCUCUGGUGUUUUGAAAGGCGGGCAAUGCAAAAUCCGCCAUGGCGGAAGCGACAAAGGAACUCUCCGGUACCGGAAGCCUAGUCUCCGACCUGAAGGGCCUGUUUUCUGUCCUCAGAACCAGAAGAAUAAUGAUGUUCGCUUACGGAUUCAUGUUCACUUUCGUUGCUUGUACUGCGUUCCUCGCUUUCAACCCUUCCACGAGUUCUUCCCCACGGUUUACUAACAUCUUUGGUGCUUCUUCCAGUUCCAGUUCUUCUUACAGAUCUCAGUUUUCUUCCAUUUUCUCCUACUUUUUCCCCAAUUCCUCCCAACCCAUUUAUGGUUAUCAUGCUCCUCCGUUGCAAUGCAGUUUUAGUAACUCCACAUCUCCUAACAUUACGACGACGACGCCCUUUGUACUUCCUGGAAGAAAAGAAGGUUCAAGUGGAAAAAACCAGUCGCAGAUUACACCAUCCCCCUCUCUGAAAUUACAACCUGUAGAUACGAAACAAGUACCGGUGAGCCCAGUCAAGGCUAACACUAUCGCUUCUACUUCUAAUACUACGAGUACUAUUAGUACUACUGCACCUCGCCCUUCAACAGGGAAUGAUACAGUGAGUGUGCCGAAGGUGUCUCCUGUAAGCGUGGGUCUGGUUAACAAUGCGUCGGAUAAGGUGGUUGCAGAACCAGGGAAGACGACGAACCUCACGGCUUCGCUGACGAAGGGGGAUAGUGGAUCUUCUGAGGGUUCAUCAGUGAAGCAAUCAAAAGAGAACUCGAUGGAUUCUCUGAUGCAUUGUAACAUUUUUUAUGGGAGAUGGGUGAGGGAUGAUUCGUAUCCGCUCUAUCCACCUGGUUCUUGUCCUCACAUCGACGAGUCUUUUAAUUGUUUCCUGAACAGUAGGCCUGAUGGAAAUUAUCAGAAACUCAGAUGGCAACCCAAGGGUUGCAAUAUCCCAAGAUUGAAUGGGAGGGAUAUGCUAGAAUUGUUAAGAGGAAAACGUCUGGUUUUUGUCGGUGAUUCUCUUAAUAGGAAUAUGUGGGAAUCUCUGGUUUGCAUUCUUAGACACUCGGUGAAAGACAAAAGCAGAGUCUUUGAAGCUUCUGGUAGACGAGAAUUUCGAACAGAAGGUUCUUACUCUUUCAUAUUCGAAGAUUAUAACUGCUCCGUGGAGUUCUUUCGAUCUCCCUUCCUGGUUCAAGAAUGGGAGAUGCCCGACACGAAUGGAUCGAAGAAGGAAACCCUUCGUCUGGACGUAAUCGAGAGGAAGUUUGACAAGUACAAGACAGCAGACAUCAUCGUCUUCAACACAGGACACUGGUGGACUCACAAGAAGACUUCUAAAGGGAAGGAUUAUUAUCAAGAAGGUAGCCAUAUUUACGGCGAGUUGAACGUCGUUGAGGCGUUUCGGAAAGCCUUGACGACGUGGGCUAGAUGGGUCGAUGCGAAUAUAGAUCCCAGUAACACCAUGGUUUUCUUCAGGGGUUAUUCUGCCUCUCAUUUCAGUGGUGGGCAGUGGAACUCUGGUGGGCAAUGUGACCACGAGACUGAGCCCAUAAAGAACGAGACUUAUCUCAACCCAUAUCCACCUAAGAUGAAAGUGCUGGAGUCGGUAAUGAAAGGGAUGAAAACACAUGUUUCCUACUUGAACAUCACAAGAAUGACAGAUUACAGGAAGGACGCCCACCCAUCAAUCUACCGGAAGCAGAGUUUGACAGAGGAAGAACGGCGGUCACCUUUAAGGUACCAGGAUUGCAGUCAUUGGUGCCUUCCUGGAGUGCCCGAUUCAUGGAACGAGCUCCUCUAUGCUGAGCUCCUCAUUAGACACAAUCAGAAACAGCAACAGAAAUAAAUACAUACAAGGCAGAGAAGACACAGAUAUUACAAGGUAAUAUAAUGUUCAUUAUUUAUUAAAUUAAUGGGCAUCUGUAUUAUAGCAAUCUUCCCUUUGCAAACAUAGAAUAAACCAGGAGAGGAUCCAAGAAAGAGUCCCCUUUUCUCCAUAACCAUUCGAGAGACGGGAGAGGGCUGGAGGAGGAAGACAACAGGAGUUAGUUUUCUCCUCUGAGCUGUAAUAAUCCAAAAGCUGAGGUUGUAAAUCCCUUCUUUUUUUUAUUUUAUUUUUGAGAUUGUUUAUUAUUUUAAAAAAUAAAACAAUGUUAUAUGAGGGUGUAAUUAUCCAUUUUA